UCGAGCUGGAACAGCUGCGAGCAGCAACAAACAAGCCAGGCCAGCGGAUACAUAAACAAGCACAAGCUGCAGCCCGCUACUACCCCUCGUAGCCAAAACCGAACCACCACCACCACUUGCACCACCCAACUACCAAUAACAACAACGCCAGCCCAUCUCUCCGUCAACAUGGCACUGGACUUUGUGGCCACCUAUAAAGUUUUGGUGCUGGGCGACUCCAAUGUGGGCAAGACCUGCAUCGUCCACAGAUAUUGCGAUGAAAAAUACUACGACACAUACAUCUCAACGAUAGGCAUAGACUUCAAGCAGAAGCUGAUUAACCUUGAUGGCGUGCCUAUAAAGCUGCAAAUCUGGGACACGGCUGGCCAGGAGAGAUUCCGGACAUUGACCACGGCGUACUAUCGGGGCGCCAUGGGCAUCCUACUCAUGUACGACGUGACCAACCUGGAAAGCUACAACAACCUGUCUUACUGGUUACGCAACAUACAGGAGAACGCUUCGCCGGACGUGGUUAAGGUGCUGGCGGGCAACAAAUGCGAGUGCUCCGCCACCCAGCGCAUGGUGGACAAGGAGAGGGGCGAAAAGAUUGCCGAAAACUUCGAUAUGCCCUUCUUCGAGGUGUCUUGCAAAUCCAACAUCAAUAUCGAGGAUGCCUUCCUGUCGCUGGCCCGUAAAAUCCGCGAGCAAAGGGAGCGGCGGGGGGACAACUUUGAUAACGACGAGAGCAAAGACAAGAAAUCACCCGGCUCCAAUGGCCUAGGAACCUUCAGUCUGGGCAGCCUUUCCGGCGAGAAUCGCUGCACCUGCUAAAUACUGAGCGAUGGAUUACGAUGCGAUCGCAACCGCAAACCGCAGAACCUGAACAAGUUGUCCAAAGCUCUUGAGCGUUGUAGCAUUGUGGCCAAGUUCGCGAACGGGCCACCUUUUAGAUGCUGCCUGCAUUAAAGUGAAGCGUUCAGAUUGUGCAUUUUAAGGUACACUUAGUCCAAGAGAAGAUAGCAUAAAUAUUUUAGCAUAUUCCAGCAAAUACAUAACGGUCGAUUAUACAUGCAUAUUGUCUCGAUUCCAAUAAUUAUAAUAUAAUGCUAAAUAUAAACACAUUUGUACUCGUAAGAAAUGAAAUCACGUCUAUGUGGCACGGGGGAAUUGUGUUUUUUUUUACAAAUAAUAUUAUCACUUUGAGACUUCCCUAAUUGACCUCUUGUUCUUAUCAACUUAUUUAUAUCAAAAUUAUUAUUUAUAUAUAAGAUAUAAACCUUGUUUUUCAAGGCACCAUUGACUAGA